AUCACAGAAUUAUAAGAUAUCCCAUUAUUGAUAUCAUAAUUGUUAAUGCGAAUUGCGAUCAUCGGACUUGGACAUUUACUAUGUAGUAUGUUUAGUAGUAGCUAAUUAUUUUAUAGUAUUACAAAUUACAAAUUUACAAUACUGACAUAGUCAUUUAUCAGAAUGGGUGAAAUUGAAGUAAACUAUGGCUCCAUUUUACCAACCGAAUCACUAAAGGUAAUUGCGGAAAGUGUGGGUAUUGGCAAUUUAUCUGACGAUGCAGCUAAAGAAAUAUCGGACUCCGCCACUUAUCGUCUUAAAUUAGUGUUACAAGAAAGCAAAAAGUUUAUGAUGCAUUCUAAUAGAUGCAAAUUACUACCUUCAGACAUUGAUAAUGCUUUAAAAGUUUUGGGUAUUGAACCUAUAUAUGGAUUUCAUGCUAAAGAACAUGUACCAUUUAGAUAUGCAUCAGGUGGUGGACGAGAAUUACAUUUCAUUGAUGAUAAAGACAUUGAUCUUAUUGAAUUUGUUAAUGCUCCUUUGGCUAAGUUGCCUUUGGAAAUUAGCAUUCGAUGCCACUGGCUUGCCAUUGACGGAGUUCAACCAACUGUACCAGAAAAUCCUCCUUCCGUGUCCAAAGAUGUUCAAAAACUUGAAUGUGUAGAUCCUCUAAACAAAUUAAAAAAACCCAUUGAUAAGGAAGUUUCUGGACAGCCAUCUACUGGAAAAGCUCAAAAAUUACGUAAUGUUGAAACAGUUCAUGUGAAACAAUUAGCAACUCAUGAGUUAUCAGUUGAACAACAGCUUUAUUACAAGGAAAUCACAGAAGCUUGUGUUGGAUCGGAUGAAUCUCGAAGGGCUGAAGCUCUUCAAAGUUUGGCAUCUGACCCUGGUCUUCACGAAAUGUUACCUCGCAUGUGUACAUUUAUUGCAGAAGGAGUAAAAGUAAAUGUUGUUCAAAAUAAUUUAGCAUUACUUAUUUAUUUAAUGAGGAUGGUUAAAGCAUUAUUGGAUAACCCAGCUCUUUAUUUAGAAAAAUAUCUGCAUGAAAUUAUCCCUUCUGUUGUUACUUGUGUUGUAAGUAAACAAUUGUGCAUGAGACCAGAAAUUGACAAUCAUUGGGCUUUGAGAGAUUUUGCCUCUCGUUUGAUGGCGCAAAUUUGUAAAAUGUUUAAUACACCAACAAACAAUGUACAGACUCGUAUAACUAGAGUAUUUACAAAUGCUACUAAUUCAGACAAAACCGCUCUUCCAUCAGUGUAUGGUGCACUUGAAGGUUUAGCAGAGUUAGGAACAGAAACAAUAAAAGUAUUUGUCAUUCCCAGAGUACACAUGAUAUCUGAUAGACUAGAUUCACCAGAAGUUACACAGAAUAAUGUUGAUAGGAUAUCCGGAAACCAAAUUAAACACUUACUCUGUAAAAUAUUAACUCCUGUGUUAAAAAUAACACAUUCACCACCAGAUAAUUUAGACGAAUACAAAAAAGAAUUUGGAUCUGUUGGUGUACAAUUGCAUGCUGCUGUAUGUAAAGCCCGUAUAACAACUACUACCCAAAGUACAAGCAACCAAACUGUAACACAAACAAAUACACAGUCUAGAACAGUUAUUGGUCGACCUGUUGCAACCACUACAAGCAACACAGGAAAUCCUCAAAAAUAUGUUCUCAUGUCUCAACGACCUGCUGUUGCUCAAACUCCACCAAAUAAAACUGUUUAUAUAUCUCAGCAAAAUAUUAAAUCUGAAUUUCAAGAUCCUAGUAAUUGAAUGUCAAGUUAAGCAAACUAAAUUUAUUUUUUUUUUAAGGGUAUUUGUUUAAUGACCUUAAUUAAAAUUAAUUAUCCUUGAAAGUCUUAAAAAUUAUAUAACUUAAAAAUAAAUCAGAAGUAAAAAAAAAUAUUUUAAAAACAAUUUAUCAGAUCUUCAAACUGGUGAAAACCAGUUCUAUUAUUAACCAGUUUUAUUGGAAAAUAUAUACAUAUGAAUGAAAAUAAAACCACAAUAUUAUUUAUUUUAUAGAAAAAAAACAAAAAUAUUUAAUUAUUAAUUUUAGUUCAUAAAUGAAGUUUUUAAUUAAAAAUUAAUAAUUAUUACUAGGGCUGGGAUUUUAAUGUCCUAAAAAAUCUCAAAAAAUGCAAUAUAAAAAUGUAUUUAUAUUUAUUAUGGCUUAAUAAAAAAAUUUAAAAAAAUUGUAUAAUACUUUUUUUGUUAUUGUACGUUGUUACUUAAUUGUUUUGUUCUAUUUCUGUUUUCUUAAUCAUUCAUUAUAAAAUAAUAAUUUAAAAAAAAAAAUUGUUUGAUAUUUUAACUUGUUUUUGUCAGUAUAUAUUACCCAUUGGUAUAUAACGGCGAUAAUUUAAGCAGAAAGUCCUAGCUCUGAUAAAGUUGUUAUCAAUGAUAAUCGAUUUUCGUGCUAUAUAAUUUAUAAAUUGUACCGUCGCAUGUCGGCAGUUUGCUGAAAAUAUCUUGUUAAUCGCAACAAUUUUCAUUUAUUUUAUGAACAAAUUGUGAAAAAUACUCUAAAAACUAAGAAAAUGCCCUAAAAUCUUCAAAAAAAGCAUUUUAUAAUUAUUUUGAUAAAAAAUGCAAAAUAAAAUUAUUUUAAAUUAAUCAGCAUCACCCAAAACACAUUGUUUACUUAUGGAGCAACGUUUUGAAACACUAGAAAAAAAGAUGCAUUUGCAUCAAAAUCCCAGCCCUAAUUAUUACAAUAAAUUUUCAUGUGUUAGUAUUAUUUUUCUAUUUUCAGGACUCAAGAGAAAUCCACUUAUUUCCUUAAAAUUGUAUUAUUAAUUUUUAGUCAAAGUAAAAAAUCUCAAUAAAUGCAAAAAUGACUUAAAAAACUCAAUAGAUGCACUAUAAUAAGGCAUUUAUAUUUAUUAUAGUUAAAAAAAUUGGAAAAAAAAUUUAUUUUUUGUAUGGUAUUGUUAAUACUGUAUUUGUUACUUUUUUAAUUCUGAACGUACUAAUUGGUUUUACUAAUUUAGCAAUACUUGGCGAGGUCUAGCUAUAUGAAAUUGUUAUUGACAAUAACUUGUCGUUGGUAACUUUGUUAUAUAAUUUAUUAUUCAUACUGUUGGCAGUUUGCUGAAAGUCUCUUGUGAAUCGCAUCAAUUUUCAUUAAUUUUAUGAAUAAAUUGUAAAAAAUGUUCUUAAAAUAAAGAAAACACACUAAAAUCGUCUAAAAA